UCUCCCCUGAAGAGACACCAAACCCUUAGGAAGAUUUACUAUCGCUAGGAGAAAGUACUACCCAAGGGGGCUUGUUUGUCUGAUCCUGAGAGAUAAGGCCGGAGGCGAGAUUAUCGAGUGACAGGUGAGGAAGGGGAAUAAUGGAAGAGGGAGCAGAGGAACCCAGAAGCUGUGGGGUAGGGGGCAGCCAUCAUUUCUGCAACUCCCUGUUCCACAUGCCUUCCCGCAGAAGCAUGGAUCUUGGAACCCCUGACCUGCUGGACGCGUUGCUGGAGCCCCCAGAAGAUAUCUUCUCAGCAGGAUCCUUCCUGGAGCUAGGACUCCACUGUCCCCCUCCAGAGGUCCCGAUGACUAGCCUACAGGAACAGGGGCUGCAAGGCUGGGAGUCCAGUGGGGGCCAUGGCUGUGGCCUUCAAGAGAGUGAGUCUGAAGAGUUCCUGAAGGUUUUCAUUGAUCCCAAUGAGGUGUACUGCUCAGCAGCAUCUCCUGGCAGUGACAGUGGCAUCUCCGAGGACCCUGGCCAUCCAUACAGUCCCUCUGCUCUAAGGGCACCCAGUUCGCCUGCCUUCUGUGAGGUUGUCUAUGAGGCAGGGGCCCUGGAGAGGAUGCAGGGAGAAACUGGGCCAACCUUAGGACUCAUCUCCAUCCAGCUAAAUCAAUGGAGCCCACCAUUUAUGGUGCCAGAUGCCUGUGUGGUCAGCGAGCUGCCCUUUGAUGCUUAUGCCCACAUCCUGCCCAGAGCAGACACUGUAACCCCAGUGCCUCCUGCAACCUUGCUGCCCUGUCAAACUCUGUUCCUAACAGAUGAGGAGAAGCAUCUGCUGGGGCAAGAAGGAGUUUCUCUACCCUCUCACCUGCCCCUCACCAAGGCAGAGGAGAGGGUCCUCAAGAAGGUCAGGAGGAAAAUCCGUAACAAGCAGUCAGCUCAGGACAGUCGGCGGCGCAAGAAAGAGUACAUCAAUGGGCUAGAGAGCAGGGUGGCAGCCUGUUCUGCACAGAACCAGGAACUACAGAAAAAAGUCCACGAGCUGGAGAAGCAUAACAUCUCCUUGGUGGCUCAGCUCCGCCAGCUACAGACUCUCAUUGCUAAAACCUCCAACAAAGCUGCCCAAACCAGCACUUGUGUCCUGAUCCUUCUUUUUUCCCUGGCUCUCAUCAUCCUGCCCAGCUUCAGCCCCUUUCAGGGUCUACCAGAAGUUGGGUCUGAGGAUUACCAGCUUCAUGGAGUGAUUUCUAGAAAUAUCCUGACCCACGAGGACAUGACAGAAAAUCUGGAGACCCCAAUGGUAGAGUCCAGACUGGGGGAGCUGCCUGGAGCCAAGGAUGCAAAUGGCUCAACAAGGACACUGCCUGAGAAGAUGGAAGGGAAGACAGGACCCAGUGGACACAUCAGAACUCUGCUGCAUGCAGAUGAGAUGUGAGCUGGAACAGAGACCUUCCUGGCCUUCUUCCCAAUCACAAUAAGGAAUCCAGGGGUCCUCUAAGGCUCUGCUUCCCCCUGGGAUUUCCACUCAGGUGUCUCUGCCCUCAAGGUCUAAAUCACUUCAGGAUACCCUAGGAGAUGUCUGUAACCUGAGGCCCAGGCUCACUACGUGAGAAGGCACCUCAAAUACUUUGGUUAUGUAUCUGUGAUUUUAUUUCUUCUUUAGGCAUAGGGUUGAGGGAAAACAAGUUUUGACUGAGAAAUAAACUUUUUAGCUGACAUUGUAUCCCAGAAGUUUUAAGUAGUAGAAGGGGAAGCCAGGUACUUGGUAGGUAGGGGCCUAAAGUUGCCAUCCCCUUUCCCUCUCUGCCCCAAACCAAAUUACAGUAGGGAAGGAAACUAUUUCACUCUUUUUAUUCUGCUCAUUAGUGAUCUGGAAGAGGAACAUAAAGGAAAGGGGGUACCACCACAAGGCUCCAAAGAACAAGGGUGCAAAUCAGUCCCUUCCACUUUCUCUGUCUGAUAGGGUCUCAAAGACUCAGGAUAAAAGGGCAGCUAUAU